AUGGAGAAACUUACUUCUCUACUUUUGAAUAUUUUUAUGCUGAGCGCCUUUGGAAAAGGUAAACAAUGUCCUAAUCUUAACAAUAACUGUUACUUUGAUGAAUUGAUUGCUCUCAUCAGAAAACGUUUUUUUUUUUGUUUCCCUUCACCAUUCGACUUCGCUUGAAGGCUCUCAAUUGCAUAUGAGGUGGUGCCGGCUUUUCUCUCGAAUUGACUGAAGCCUGAACUUAAAAAUGCAAAAAAUGAAACAUAAAUAUAAAUUAAGACUUCCCAAAGCUUUCCACAGACAAAUUUUCCUAUCUAAAGGCAAACCAGCUCUUACCGGUAUUCAUGCGGAUAAAAAAAUUACUUGAAAGAACUGUUCUUAUUUUCAAAUUAUAAAUUCCUUAUUCUUUAGGUCUCAGAUGACCCAAUUACAUUUCACAGAUCUGCUAUGCAUGCAAGAGAAUUAUUUACGAGCAAGAAAUAAGCCUUGCGGAACCUUUUCUUUGGAGGAACAUUUUCUCCUUUGAGCUUGUUUCUGUGGGAUAUUUGUAUAAAUAACUCUGAAAACUAAAUAUAGGCAGUUGUUUUUUGAGACUGUCAAGUAUUUCAGCAAUGAGGUGAAAAUUUAAAUAUUCAUUUUUGUGAAGGGAAGAUUUUUGUUGCUGCCUUCAUGAAUCCUUUCUAAAGAUGACUUACUGUACUCUGCGAUUCCAACCUACUGUCGACUAACACCUCGACCUUUUCUUUCUUUGCAACCAAACGCAAUUACGCACAACUUAAGCUAAAAAGACAAGAGUACAAAGAUCAGGCUUAGCUAAAGGUAAACAGUAGCCCUUCUGUGUGGAAACAGCCGUUCACGCUAGUAUUUUUCGUCGAGACGCCAUUGUCACCCAUUCCAGCCAUUGUAGGAAUGAAACAAUUGCUAAAUGAAGUAGGAAGUCAACAUUUCCUUUUGAUUAUAAACCACACUUUGUACACUGAGCCAGUUCCCACUUCGAACUCACAAUACUGGUCAAAAAAGAAUACGCACCUUGUAAAAAUACUGAAAUGACACUCAAUUUAUGGAGGGUUUGAUUUCUGUCAUUUUAAAGACUCACAUUGUCCAAAUAGUUUUUCUGUCAAAGCCAAGGUUUCUUACAAUCGUCCAGAUCACCCCAAACGAUCCCGAGAAUGCCCAUGCAUUGGGGCAGAUUAUAUGGAAAUUGAAUGUAAAGCAGUCUAUACAUUCACCAGUAAUUCGGUCGAAUAGGACGAAUUAAACUGAGUUUGAGAUUAGGCCUGAGGCCCUUUAAAGGUCUAGUGGUUUCCCAUCCCCAAAAGCAGUUUUUCGUUUGCUGCGUCGUACUUAACUGAACUUAACUUAGAUCGAGAUUUUAGUAACUUUUAAAUUAAGGCAACGAUUAUAUCAGGAAACGAGAACGAAUCUAAUAAAAAAGUUUUUACUAAAGAAUCUCGACGGCUACGCCUUCGAUAAAAAUGAUAAGAUGGCUGCAGACCUGCAAAGUUCCCAACAUGUUCGACACCUCAGUGAAAUACAUCCCGAAAAAAAUUAGGAUGCAAAUUAACCUUAACUAGGAAAGGCCACGUUGCCGAUAGUGCAAAUAAGACCGUUUUCAGGAUGCAAAUGUUUAAUAUCACACCUACUUGGUAGUUUCUUUCAAAUCAGUGAAACUCUCCGACCAUAGAUAGUUUGAACAGCUUAUAUAAAAUUAAGAUUUUUUCAACAACAUUUAUUGAGGUGGAUUAUGACUAGAAGUUUACUAAAAUGGUUCAAUCGAUAAACAACGUCGUGUAGCUCCUAUGGGCGGCGUGUCAUCUGAUGACUGAUAAGUCCAAUUCUGGAUUUACAUAUUCUGGAGCAGGUGGGACAGGGGAGGGUCUGAUCGCUGCAGGACGUUUCUUGAUUGGCCCAAUCCUUUCGACGCUUGCAUUUCUCCUUAGCAGUGUUCACUCUGGAGUCCUCGAACUCGAAAUAUUAUAAACUGAAUUAAUAACGUAAAUUGGCCACGGUUAACAGAGUGUAAAAGCUGACGUUUCCGAGUGCCAGGAUCGUUGCAAAUCCAUCCAUAAAAGAUAUGAUCGCAGUUACUUAGUACAGAUACCUCCCAAUCUUAUGUACCAUUUGGUUCUUUCAAUGUCGUAACGAGGUUAACUAAGAUGGGGCGUUCUUUUUAGGGCUAAAAGACUGAAAAAGAUUCGGGCACGGGUGAAAGAGUGAGAAGCCAGGAAUUAAAGUAAAUUAUAAAUUUGCAUUAAAUCACGCUCGCUCUAUUUUACAGAUGAUGUGCAGAUCAGCCCAGAAGAUGCUAACAGCUUCAUGGUAGUUAAGUCGCGUGUGCCAAGAGGCAUUUAUCACGAAUGUUAUCAUGAGGGAUGUGAUUUUGAGGAGGUUGAAGAAGUAUUCGGAGCCUCAAAAAAGGGGGUAUGUCUUAUAUUAUCAUGAUAACUCUCUAAAGAUGAGACUUUCUAACAUAGGUUUGUGAACGAAACAUUGUGUAAUUAAUGUGAAAACUUGCACCGAACCAGUUCCAAAGUUUUUCGGGAAACGUUCCAUCUGUGAUGACCGUGAUAUGAACUGAAAACGUUGUGAUGCCAUGCCUCAAUAAUUACGCACUCAUGAAGAUACUAAAGGUCAGUUAUGAAUAAGUGCUAAUUUCGUGAAAUGCACGUUUCUCUUUCUUUUUUUUUUCAGUAUGAAUAUUAUUACACUUACACUUGCCAUAAAUUUGGAAAAAACUGCAAAGGUUUGUGUUUGUCGUUUAGUCAAUAUCUUACAGAUAAAUUUUAUUUCAGGUGCACAAUUUUCAUAUAGGGGUUAUAGUUUGGCAGGGGAUGGGUUGGGAAGCCAAGUGCCUAAUUUGCCCUAGUGAUUAGAAAGACUAUGGAUUUCGUGCUCUUAGGUCCUCGACAGGGAAAAACAAUUUAAAAUUCUGAACGUUAAACUGGGCUCUUUUCGGACCGGACACCUUGACAUAGGAGUGAAAUUGGUGGAGAGUUCUCUUCCUGUAUGCAUAGUAUUCUGAAUUCCGUGUUGUUUUAUUUUACAACCUACAAAGUAUAUAGCUAAAACUGGGUCCCCGACUGAGCAGAUUUUUCUAAAAGAGAGCCAUGGUUUCAUAAACGCAUUGGCGUUACCCAGACGUCUUAAAUGAAUCCCCCACCUCCCUCAUUCUGGUAGAAAGUUAGAACUCAUGCACUGAAUUCUUCACUUCACAGUGCCGUGCACUUACCGAGAAGACUGUACUUUUGGUGAGUGGGGAACCUGGCGAGGAGUGGUAAAUGCUCAGCAACCUGGAUGUUACCCGCAGAUAAGAUCGAAACCAUACAACCAUCCACUUCAAACUCAAUAUCGACGCUUCAGCUGUGGUGGACUCAACAUUGGGUGUCCUGCUCCACCAGUUCAGAGGCGACGGCAAUGUAAGUUAAAACUACCAGUUUUUGAAAUACACCAUCUUUUUUUUACAGGAAAAUCUGGAAUUGUUUUCCUUUUUUACCAACACUCGUGAAAUAAAAGUUUGUAUUUCUUUAAGUCACGAUCCGGUUAACUUUCAUCUCUAUAAAAGCUCCUUUCUGAUAUGACAUCCCCCUCGAGAGAUCCCUGCGUCCAGAAUUUUGAGAUAAGCCCCUAUGCUGGUAAGCUGAUAAGUCCCUCUUCCACCCCUCUCUCUACGGCUCUAGAAUCGUAGUUCAUUUGGGAUUGGUAUCUCCCUUUAAGAUUAAUAUAUUUCUUUAUUGAAAGCUUUACAGUUUUACCGUUUCAAAUAUUGUAGGUUUUCUAACCAUACUAAACCAUACUGAACAUAGUGUCUUCCCAAAAAGGUUGGAUGACUGUCAGAGGGCAAGAAAUGAAUAACCUUUUUUGGAGGGGGGAUGAUAACUUUUAGGGAGUGUUACGGCAAGUAUAUAUACUUUUGCCUGGCUCAGCUUCAUGCGCGUAGAAAAAAACAGCCACUAACUCAUUUCAUCUUUCUUUUUUCGACUUAAACCUUGCAGUAAACUAGUGAUCUAAUGAUGUGAACGAUUUUAGCUUUUUGUGUUUGUUUCUUUGUUCAAAAGGCCAGGGAAAAGGCUUUCGCUACCUUCUUGUUUUAUUGAAAAGAUCAUGAUGUUUAGCAACAAUCGUUGCCGUUAGACUCUACUGGGUUUUUCGACUUUGUUAUUUUGGCCUGUUUUAAACCAGGUGUAUGUCGAAAAGCUAAUUGCCAGCAUGGAUCUUGGGAGGAGUGGAUUGGGAACAUAACAGAGGGAAGCUGUGGGAUGCAGAAUAGAAUCAGACCAUACACUUUGACCUGGUCUUUGGAGCAACAGACUGGUUCAUGUAAUUCCGUUCCAACUGAGUGUCCUCUUCCAGAGACAGACUAUCGAAAGAUGUGUAAGUGCUUGAAGUAACUCAUCUAUUUCCAUUUUGAUGGUCCGUAGAUGGCGAACUAAUCACCUGGCCUGGCACUUCACUGUCCUACAAAUAAACACCUCGCAGCUUUACAAGACAUUAGCAUUUUAGCCUCAUUUAUCUAUCUAAAAAGGGUAUUAUUCCCCGAAAAUUUUUAAAGAGAAUGGCACUUGACGAAGAAGUCGGAACAUACUUUUAAGCUAUGUCGAACUGAUAGCCACCAUUGAUAAGGGUUGUCGUCUGAGCUAGUAAUUUAUCAGAAUUAUCAAUUGCACUCAAUUUCCCUGUUCGAUUUACACAACAUGGAUUACACAACAAACUGAGUUUGUGGCCUCAUAAAUUUUGCAGGCAGCUGUCCCAAAGCGGAUUGUGCGUUGGAAGACUGGGGCGAGUGGAAAGGCUCUGUCGCGGAGGGAACUUGUGGCCAGCAGAAGCGAACAAGGGGGUUUACCAAGUCAAUUGUUUAUGAACAACACGUCAACGAAUGUCCAGCCAAUCUUCCUCAAAAGUGCCCACAGGCUCUUGAAGAAACCCGUACAAAUUGUAAGUAGCCAAAAGUUUUAGUGCGGUUUUGAUAAACAGUCAGUUUAAACUACAACCAGACCAACAAACAAGCCAAAAUUCCCAGAUCUUGGAUGAAAAUGGACUUAUAAUAUUUAUUCAUUUAUUAUAAAACAGGUAGCUGUAAAUAUGCCACCUGCUCUCUCGGUAAUUGGUCAGAGUGGGAACCAAAGGAGCUCCAAGAAGGUCAAUGUGGUCAGCAACAGACGAGGAGGAAGACAUAUGCCCUAACUUUUCAAUAUCAGAUGCAUGCUGACAAGUGUCCACCCCUGCCACAAACUUGCCCAGACGACAUCGUCGAUAAAAGAACGCAAUGUAAGUUUACGUAUGAUCAUUGACAAGAAAUUAUUCAUCUCAGCAAGAGAUAAUAUUAUCUUGAUUUCGGUAAGCUCUAAAAACUUGGAACCAUAUCAUGUUGUUUUAAUGCGCAAGGGCGUUACUUAAGUGAGUCAUACGUGGGCAUAUUACCUCCUCCUUUCGAAAUAAAUCGUACAAUAAGACUAUAUUCAAUAGGAUGGUGAAUAAAUGAAACAUUUAAAAAAGAAAAAAUAACUGGUGCAAUAAAAUUGUUUUUAUGAGCGUAUAAUAAGUAAAGGUCAUCUUAGAAGAUACCUUAAUGUACAAUAGCCAUGGAUUAUACUGCAACAUGCCGGGGAACUUUUCUUUGGUUCAUGGACUUAAUCCACCAUCGCGAAAACCUGUUUUCAAAUAGAAAUAAGAUAUAAGAGUCGAACAAAGUUAAAAUUCCUCAUACUGAUAACUCAAGAGGUAGCAGUGUCCAACUAGGAAGUCUGGGAUAUGUUUCAUCGGGGCCUGAAUUCCUUUUCCCCGUUGUUUCCAUCGUUUAAUUUUGAAUCAAAGCUUACUUGGUGAUAAAUUUUUAAAGGCAAAUGCCGAUACAGAGACUCCUGUGAUCUCAAACCUUGGGGUGAAUGGGAAAACCCGAUAACAGAGGAAGGAUGUGAAUUACAGACGAGGACGCGAGAUUACGUUCAUCCUUUGAAACACUCGCUGCAGGAAGAUUGCAGUGGCUUACUAACGUCUUGUGUGACGAGACCGAAGGAAAGCAGGAAUUUUUGUAAGUAACAUGAAAAUAGAUUUGAUUAAAAUUAUGCAGGGUGAAUAAAUGAAGAAAUGAAAGAAUGAAUACAUGCCAGAAAAGUUUCAAAUGAACAUGCGUGGUACACAGGCGGAGGGGUGUGCGAGGCAGGGGUAGAGGUGUGAUACGAUGUAAGUGUUGCAAUCGUCACUUAAUUUGUAACUGGGGAAUACCACCAGCUUGAAAAUUUAAGCUUUUCAAUUCCUACCUAUCAAUCCCCAAAAUUACCUAAGAAUUUUAACCUAAAAACCUACAUUGGGAACAAAUUUCGUGAUUUUUAUCACUAAAUAAAUUUCCGGUCGUAUGACUAAUAUUAGGUAAAUGCAAAUACGUGGAAUGUGAUCUCGGUGAGUGGUCUGAUUGGAGCAGUCCUGCCUUGGCCCCAGAGCAGUGUGGGAAGGAGAAACGAACGAGGGAGUACAUUGCUAAAGAAAAGUUCAGUUUUGGAGAGACUUGUAAUGGACUUGUCACCUCUUGUCCAGCCGCGAAAGAGGAAACAAGAACAAUUUGUAAGUUUAUAGUUUUCGUGAAAAAAAGUUUGUAUACUUAGCAGAUGAAUUGUAUCUGUCGUCAAAAUAUAAUAUACGCCACCUAUUUGAUACUUGAAUCUAAAAUGUAUAAAUUUCAUUCCGCCGGAAUGAUACAAUCCAUCUGGUACUCGCACUGUUGACAAGGUGAACGUGAGAAUAGGUUUCAUUAACUAUGAAAAUCAAAUGAUCAAAAACAAUAUUUUUAUCUUGAUCCUAAUAGUUUACUGAUUUAUCCAUCAACGAAUUAAUCGACUAAAUGAUUAUUCAAAAUUAUUUACUAUAGAUAUCUUAUUGACAGACUUGUUGAAAACGAGUGUCAUUUCAAAGACAAAAACACAAGGCUAGAUUUUCUUUCCUUUUCUACCGUGCCGUGGUUUAUGUUUAAAUGUGGUAAUGUUUUAUUGCUUUUGGCAUCAGGCAAAUGUGCAUAUGUUAGUUGCAAAAUCAGCGAUUGGAAUCCUUGGAAAGGUGAACUACCGAAGGACGGAUGUGCGCAACAAAUAAGAACAAAAGAUGUCACCACGACCCAACACGAAAAGAUCCAAGCAGAAAACUGUCAAGGACUUCAGACCACCUGCCCCGAGGUGCCACCAGAGACAAGGACGUGGUGUAAGGACCUAAAUUUGUUACUUAUAUAACGGCUGUCGGGGUUGAGAGGUUCGAGUAAAUCAAAUUCAAGGCGGUGUCUGGGAGUCAUUUCGUAUCAGGUCAAGCGCUCUCUCUUAAUUAAGGAAGAAAUGACACGAAGAAGAAAUGAGGAAAUGACACAAGUGACAAGGGCAAGAAUUGUGAACCUGAUACAAUAUUAAGUUCCAAUUCGAUCCACGAAAAUUUUAAGGAGACACUUUUACUUCACGUAUGGGGGAGACCUGAAACCUGAAAGGCUCUUUAGUGGACGGAGUAGAGUUACCAUUGAUUAGAAAAAAACUGAUAUAACAAAAUGAAACUUGUUUUUUUAAAGUAAGAGUGCCACAGAGAGAUUUCGAUACUCGGAAAAAGUGUCGAAGAAUGGCAGAAUGGAAUAGACAUUCAAAAGCAAACUUUCUUUUUUGCCUUAUUUUCCACCGUUCUCUACCGCAGUCAAAGAAGUUAUUUUGUUUCAAGUUUUGUACCUCUUGAAAAAUUCAGUCGGAAAUAUCUUUUCCUGUUACUAGAGGCCAUUUUUUUGCAUUUCCAAUCCUCUUUCCACCAUUGUGUUUUCGUUGUUACCAAGCUACGAUUUCACGGUUUUCUUCAUGUGACUGUUGUCUUGCAUGUCCCAGCAGACGAUUCAAAUUGAAAAAAAAUCUGUGCUUGUAGGUAAUUGUUCCUUUAGAGAAGACUGUGUGCUGAAGGAGUGGAGCGCUUGGUCAGAGAAGAUUCCGGAUGUGGGAUGUGCUGUACAAAUUCGAAAACGUGACUUUAACAAAUCGCUUGAAUGGAUUGAAAGAGGAACAUGUGAUGGUUUGGAAUCGUGUCGUGCCAUUCGAGAGGAGGCCAGGACCGAAUGUAAGUCGAUUGUGAAAGAUCUUGUUAACUCCCAAACGUGACCAAGACAGAUUCUCUCAUAAUGUUAAUACAACAUCAAACAGACAUAUAAUGAAAGUAAAUAAAACAUCAUUUAGGAGAUUAUUAGUCGACCCAGUACCAAAUUAUGUGAAAUAACUCAUUAGUAGGAAUGUAUAGCAGACGAUAAGGACGAUUACUCAUGAAAUCUUGGGAGUGAAAAGAUAAAACUCCUUCCGUUUCCGCUUCACUCCUAGAGUGUGGAGACAGUGUCAAUCAAAGAAACUAAAUCUUAUUGACUAAAAAGUAGACAUACAACUGAAAUAAGAUAAAAGUCAUGAGCCAAAAAAUAGUUUUUAAAAAUUAUUAAAAGUGUUCUAAACUCGUCAGUUGAUAAUAACCGUAGUCAGUCACCAUGUGAUGGUAGGCGGGUGCAGAGGCACAAAAUAUGUAUAGCUUUCAGGUUCGUCUUGAUCAGUCCAAAGAGAAAUCUGGGCCGGGUUGUUCAAAGCUGGGUUUAGAUGACCCAGGGUUGGUGUGUGGUCUGAUUUUAGAUCUUGUAUAAUUCUUUUUGUUUAAAACUUGAUUAUUGGAUGCUCUAAAAAGAAUACAAAAAAAUUAUGUAAAAAAGGCUUCUGAACACAGGAAUAAAGAAACCCGGAUUAAAUUUAAUCCUGGGUCAAAGCUAAUCGGCCUUCAAAGAACUGGGCCCAGCUGAAAGAUAAGGUUAAAGUAAUCAUAAACUGAACUCGAUGAAGCAAAUAGUGCUUGUCAGUUCUUUCCUUUUUUUUACGAACUUAGAGGCCAGAAAAAGGAAUUACUGCUUUCAUUUAUUUGUAUGCCUAUUCAUUUUCGAUGCACUCAUCUGCAAUUCCCAGGUAACUGUAAUCAGAUAAUUUGUUCUUGGGGAAACUGGACGCGAAAGAGUUUCAACGCCGAGACCAAUUGUUUUGUUGAAAUGAGAGUUAAAAAUGAGUCAGAUGGCUUCAAGAAGAUCAGACAGGCUGAUGACUGUAAAGGAAUACCAACAAGGUGUAGAGAUGACGAGAAAGAGGAAAGAGAAGACUGUAAGUGAUAAAGAGAUGUUUUUUAUUAUGGCAGUACAAUAACGAUGAUCAUCAUAAUGAUAAUGAUGACAACGAGGAUCUGAUCAUGAUGUUGAAGUCGACGAAAUACAUUUUCGUGACUAAAGUGAGUCAUUGUAGCCGAAUACAGGGCUGAACUACCACAUGUACGAAUGAUAGAUACCGACGAUGGUAGCACGAAACAUUUCAAACACUGAAACCUUUUGGAAUUUUCGGUGUUGCAUAGUGAAAUUCAACUGUCUAAAGUGAGGUUUUUUUGCUUUCAUAUGGGUAUGUUGCUUCGAUUUCCCCCCGUGCGAGUCAAAUAUCACUUUUAAAAGGCUUUGGGUUAAUGAUACAUUAAAUGAUAAUAUUUGAGAUUUUCUUGAAUCCCAGGUCUCAGUGGAGGACCUGGAGGAAAACCGACCACUACUGCUCCACCUACUCGUCCUCCAACCACAGUAGCACCAACAACUGCCGGUACAGGUAAGAGAUAAGAGGGCAUAUUCAUUUUUGAUUUCUGUUCAAAUGAAGAAUGGUCAAUACUACAAGCAAUAGCAAUUUCAAUUGUUUAUACUAGAUGCCUUUGUUUCGAUUUUCGCGCCAAAUGUGCACACGCGCGCUUUUCCACCAUUUUUCGCGCCCUUUGCGUAUGUUUCUACUUUCGGCGAAUUUGUUGAUAUUCUCGAACUUUUCCUGAACUUUGUGUAUUCGUUGUCACGGGAAUGAAGUCAGACAGAGAAUCCAUAACAUUGUUAAACUUCGAAACUCUUUUAUGAUGCGAGGUAUCAUGUCUCAUUUUCAUAAUUCCAGGCGUCUCAUAGGUUGCCAAAGAGCUUCUGGGAAAGAAUUAAUGCUUAUACAAUGAAUUAUAUUUUUUGUUUUUAAGUCAAACCACCGACCUUUGUACACAUUGGCUGUUUCAAAGAUAAAGGCAAAGAUCCUCGUCCGCUGCCGAUGUUAAUUGCAAAUAAGAGGAAAGAAAUCGAUUGGUACAACCUAAGAAAGACGGUAGAGGCUUGUGCAGCUGAGGCGCAGAAGAGCAGGUUAUUUGAAUCUUUGUUUUCGGUGUCUCCAUCAGAUAUUCAAAAUAUAUUCAAAUAUUCUAGCAAUGGGUAACCAGAGAAAGGAAAAAGAAACGAACUCGUAAUCGGUGUUAUGAUAUGGCAAGGUAGUCCUGAGGUAAGUCUUUGUAGACGUUCCUUUGUUAUUUACUUGGCUAGGAUUUUGCCAUACGGACCGUUUUCACGAACGGUCCUAAGCCGUGCCUUUUUUCCCGUGAAAGCUGGCAAAUUAAAAAAAAUUAAUUUAUUCUGAGUGCCUUAUAAUAAACUACUUACUAAUUUUGCUUGCUUGAGCCAUACCGGGCAAUAUUAGCCCUCGUUCAUUUUCGGACAGACCUUGCUGCUCUCCGCCUAGACCUCGGGCCAAUAUUCGCCAGAAAGGCCCUUGUGAUCGGUUAUUAAGAAGUUAAUAUUAAAUAGUUUCGAGAGCCUUAGACUAAAAUGCCCGCAGUUCGGCAAACACUUCUUAUUUAGGAGCCGUUAAUUUUGUCCUGGCAGAUAUGAGUAUUUCUCGGUGCAGUUCUUUGGCGAGUGCUGGAGCGGAGAAAAUGCAGGGAAAACGUUUGCAAAAGAUGGGGUGUCUAAAGAUUGCUAUGAAGGGGUCGGUAAGAACAGAGCAAACGCUGUUUACCGGAUAGAGGACGUCCCACGUAAGUAACCCGUAAUACUGUAUUAACUGAAAGAGACGGCGCUUCGAUAAUAUAGCUAUUAUUCUUCGAGCGCGUGUUGGAUAUGAGAUGGUAAAUAACCAACGAAUGCGUGAGCGCGAAUGGAAGAAUUAUUUUAUUGAAUUAACCGCCUUUCGUUUAUGCUGGGAGCUCAGUGGAUUUGUUUCAACACUAAAAUUAAGAAAAAUUAGGCUAAAUUAGUUUCCAUAUAAGGUUAUUCAGUGAAUAUAUGGGCUGACUUACAGAGUUGAAUAAACCAAUCAGAACACUGGAAAUGCAAUAUCGGGUGUUGAAAAUUGAAUAGGUAUAAAUAUAGCUUUGAAAGUGCCACGAUACAAAGACAGAAAUUUUAGAAGAUGGGGUGUGAGAGUCCUUUCCACGACGAUCAGGUUCCCCAUUAUUCGGAGGAAAGUAUUCGCAAUAGUUUGAGUAAUAGACGUAAUGGCAGGUAUAGCUCUGUGAAAGAGGGUUGCACGUUUUGCAUACCCGAUCACGAUACUGUGUUCCUCCAAAGGGUUUUAUCAGUUAAAACUGCUCACAUCUUUAUCUUAGAUCAUAAGGGUAACCCUUUCGGGACAUUCUUCAUCUAGCUCAUGAUAUUACAUGAAUAGUGCCAAUUUUGUGAUUAAAAAACAUUUUUCUCACGGGCCCAAAUGCUGCUAAAAACUAAUUUGUACCAUAAACAGCAUCAGAGAGGAGAUGGAAAAUGUGUUGUUUGGUUUAAACUGAUUUUACGAGUGGUCUAUAAAUUCAUUCACUUUAGGUUUUGUGUCUCAGAUAAUAGGCACGUCAACUAUACAACAAGUUCAUUAUCACUUGAAAAUAUUGCCACUGACGACUUUUUUUCUUUUCAUCUUCUUUCACGACUUACCGUAAGGCAAAGAUGUUCGUUACAUUCCAUCUCUCACGGGCCGAGAAUUUAAAUCAAACUGCGCUACAGAAAAGUAAUUUAGGAGGAAGAAAUGAAAGAGUCAUAGAGCAGUUUAUAGCUUUGAAUACUGGGCGUCGGUUGAGUGAUGUUUUAGGUUAUAGUGAACAUACCUAUCAUAUGAAAAUUGCGGGGCGUUAUGUUAUAUGAAGCAUGAUGAUAAUUUACGUGUUAUUUCCUUAGCCUGCUCUUCUGAGCUUACUAUUACAGCACGAGCCAGCAGCGGACAAGUGCGAAAAAAUAACGCCUGGUGCGCUGGGAAAAAUUCUGACAAGUUUCAGUGGAUCAUUGUGGAUUUGGACGGUGAAAAGAAAAUUUCAGGUAUCGUAGUUUAUAUUUAGUUUCAAAGAAAUUUAUCGACACUUUGGUUCAUUGUGAGGAAGCGCUCUUGGUUUCCAUUGAAAGAAACCUCUGCAAGGUUCCAGGAAGGUGCAACCUUUUUCCGAGAUUAACUUUAAAACAUCAAACAUGUUUGUAACUCUAGGUGUCGGCACUCAGGGUGUCGACCUGGACAACUGGGUCACCCUGUACACAGUUCAGUGGAGCGAGGAUGGAGAAGCAUGGGUCACCUACCAAGAGGAUGGUCAUGAUAAGGUACUUAAUUAUUUUGGAAUUUUGAUAUCCCUUACCAUAUUGUUUUCAGUUUCUGUCCGUUUGUCUCAUCAAUCAGCUGACUUGUCUUUCGGUCUGUCUAGUCUAAAUGUGUGUUCGUCGUUUGUUCUCUCAUGCAUAACUGACCACCAUUGCAGAUCUUUACGGGAAAUUCAGAUCGAUUCACCUUAGAGACACGCUGGCUGAAGGAUCCAAUCACAGCCAGUUUCCUGCGCUUCGUACCAAAGUCAUGGUCUUCUAUACUCGUUUGCAUGAAGAUAAGGGUUUAUGGUUGCAAUGUGUAAGGUAUGCAAAUCUGUAAGAUUGUAUGAGAGCAGACAAGUAAAAUAUACCGAAAAUGAGAUAUUGAAGUGAUAAGGGAAAUAGUCAAUGUGUUAGUUUGUCCAAGUAAUGUAGAUGUGUAAACAAGAUAUCGACAUAACUGGCGAUUAUCUUUUAACUCGAGCUCACACCUUUUUAACUUGCAUGAUCCGCGCGAAAUUUAAACUUAUAUGACUAGCCGUGCGGACUGGGGCUAGGAGGGGGAUUGGUUUCUACAAUCUUAGAUGACACGGUCUGUGGGCCAUAAGGGAGUUUAGUUACAGUACACCUUACACAAAGUCAGUUUACGAAUCUGAUUAGCGUAAUCUUAUACGGUAUAGUUCGAUAACAUAUAUGUUAAGUAUAAAUUGUAAAACGACCAUGUGCUACUGAAGAUGACACGAAUACUGUGGAAACAUGCUUUGAAAACUUAAAAAUGUUGCUUGAUCUUUUAUGAAAAUUAUCGUUACUCUGCUCAUUUGCAGUUUACACAGAGUCAUAUUAGUCUAGUUUAUGUGGUCUUAAAUUAAAUUAUGGCUACAACUUAUAGAACGCGGAAAAGUUUUUUUUUCAAACGUUGAUUUUAUGAAUUUAACACGUAAAAGAGAAUUCGCUCUCUCUGAUUCUACGUUUUUUUGCAGAAAACAAAGGCAAGGAAUGGAUCAUACUUUGUAGCAAUAGAGCAGCAGCACUAACUUCCCACACAACAAGAUAAAUAAA